CAUAUCCAAAUGCAUGAAAUAAUCUCUCUAAAAUAGUUUUGACAAAGGACAUAAUUGCAGGCAAGAAAUCCUGUGCUGCUUGAUACCUCCGAGACAUCUCGUCUCAUACCAAAGGACGACGAUAUUGUGCCCCUUCUUAUCUCAAACAUUCCCAAACACAAUCCCUAUGAACUAUGGAGCUCUUUCACCUUCGAAUUCGAGUAUCACUUCUCCUACCCUCGAAUCUUCCGAUCUCUUCCUUAACCGCCUUCGAAUUUCCACAACUAUACAUCAACUUCACUUCCUCAAGCUCUCCUUCAGCCACAUCCUCAACUCCAACUACGCAAUAAGAUUGAUGGACAAAAUGGAGACCACACCUUCUAUUGUUGCAGCAACAACAAUCAGGACAAUAGAUCCGGACUCGAGUUCCAAUGAAACAAUCGAGACAAUAGCCCCGGACUCGAGUAUCAAAACCACAAUAGCAGCAAGAACCUCAACGCCACCACGAGCGCUAACCAUCUGGAUACCACCCCGCCACUCCACAUCUCCAAUAUCGAUAGUCGAGAGCGUCUUCUCCUCUCGAUCAAGCGUAACCAGUCCCCGAAGCCUCUCCACUUCCCCAGUCUCUCCCACCUACGACAAUGAAACACCAGAACAAGACAUAGCAAGCAACGAGACACCAACCAGAGAUCCCUGUCUCCAAUGCUCGAUCUUAGGACUGCGCUGCUCCUUCUCCUCAAAGAACCCACGGACGAGGCGUCGGGAAUUUACGCCGGGUUGUCGCCGCUGUGCUGGGAAAGGCGAGGAGUUUUGUGUUUGGCAGAAGCCAGGUAGCGAAUAUCGAGAUGGUGGAUCAAAGUACUGUGCUGAGGGGGUGGAGAGCGAGGAUGUGCAGAGGAGGGUGGAGGAGCUGUUGGAGCCGAAGAGGGAGAGUAUGAAGUGGUGUCUUCCAAAGAUACCACUAAGGGCGAGGGCGAAUUUGAAGCCUGUGCAGUUACUGUGGGCGGGAAAGUAGGGAUCGAGUGGCACACCCUUUGAUAUUGAAUUUUGGGAGAAUGUCGGGGAGUUAGGUUGGGCUGAUUUAGCAGCGGGAGUGAAUUUACGAAGGAGUUGAGAGAAGAAUCUGGGAAUUAAUGGGAUCCUACAGGGAGUAAUCACUCGACUUACUCGCAGAAUUGAAAAUAUAGGGACUAUCUUAGAUACCAGGAAAGGACAUACUGACACCCCUGCUAUUACCCGGCGGUGUUGAGA